AUGAAAUCAAAUCGGCCUUAAAGAGCAGUAACAACAGUAGAGACAGUAUAUGAUAAAAGUGCUUUCAUUCAUAGAAAUCCAAAAACUAUGUUGAGAGAGCUAUUGUAUGAAUAAAAUGUAUAGUAAAAUUAAGAAUUAAAGAUGAUAUAGGCUUAAAAAGGCAAAGAAUAAAAAAUGCAUAAGGUUCCAUCAAAUUCCUAUGUCUUACAGAUAUUCUUUAGAUAUACCAGAUUUAGAUGAAUAUUUUGGGAUGAAAGAUUAAAUAUAGAUUGAAAAUUGUGUAAAAGAUUGUAAAAAAAAAGUGAACACUUGUAGAAACAGAUUAGAACAUUUAAAGUUUAAGAUAGAUGAUUAAUAUACUUAAGAAAUAGAAGAUAAAUGUAUUAAUGAAUUAUAACAAAUUUAACAAACAAAAAAUAAUAAUCCUAAAUAAGAUAGAAAAGAUGAUAUCUAUUAUUAAAGAAGAAUUCAUUCAACUAUUUCUUAAAAUUAUGAAAAAAAAACUAAUCAAGUAAAUAAGUUUAACUAAACUUUAUACUUUUUAAUGAAUAAUCGAGAUAGAUCGUUAGAAGAGAAAUCAGAAAAGUUAAAUAGAACAAUAAUAGGUUAAAAAUUUUUGGAUGAUACUCAGAAUGAAUUAAAGAAAUCUUUAAAUUAUAGUAUAAAACAAAGCAUAGAGUAGAAAACAAAAUUUCUUUCCUUAUUAUAAACUUUAUAAAAGAAAAAAGAAAGUAUAGAUAAUUUAUAAAGGAAAAGAUUGUAAAACUUAAGAAAUCAAAUAUAAUAAGGAUAGUAUGUGGAAAUAUGA